GUUACACUUGUAUUCUACAGUGAUAAGACUGCAGCGAUGGCAAGAACCAAGCAGACCGCUCGUAAAUCCACCGGUGGUAAAGCCCCGAGGAAGCAGCUCGCUACUAAAGCCGCCCGGAAGAGCGCCCCAGCCACCGGUGGCGUCAAGAAGCCCCACCGUUACAGGCCCGGGACCGUGGCUCUCCGAGAGAUCCGCCGCUAUCAGAAGUCCACCGAGCUGCUGAUCCGCAAACUGCCUUUCCAGCGUCUGGUGCGAGAGAUCGCUCAGGAUUUCAAGACGGACCUGCGCUUCCAGAGCUCCGCUGUCAUGGCCCUGCAGGAGUCCAGCGAGGCUUAUCUGGUCGGUCUGUUCGAGGACACCAACCUGUGCGCCAUCCACGCCAAGAGAGUCACCAUCAUGCCCAAAGACAUCCAGCUGGCCCGCCGCAUCCGCGGAGAGCGCGCUUAAACCCGCCGCUGCAUCAGCCGCGUCACACUCCAAAGGCUCUUUUAAGAGCCACCCACAUCACACUCAAUGAGACCGUUUCCACUGGAACUGACUGUAAAUCACUAUAACAU